AUGAACGAGUCGCGCAGAUACCAGGGCUUCAAGGCCUGCGAUCCGUGUAGACGGCGCAAAGUGCGCUGCAAUGGCGAGCAGCGCUGCCAGCAAUGCACCCACCUGGACCUGCGGUGCACAUACACCGACAACAAGGCCGCGCGAUCGCGCAAGAACGCCCUCCGUCGAGGAACCCAUAUCUCAGAAUACAAGGCAUCUACAGCUCAGAGCGACGGCGUCGAUUCACUAUGCACGCUAUUGCCCGUAGGGGUUGGGCCUGCCUCUCCUCCAGACCUGUCUCUCCCGCUGUCGAACGACUAUCUCCAUAGACUGAUACCCAAAUACAUGCUGUAUGUAUAUCCAUUUAACCCGAUUAUGACUGCCGACGACGUCACCGAGUCCAUAUCAAAAAUGGACGCGGACAGAGACCACGCGGCCUUCGUCUACGCCUUCACCGGGGUCACCAUCGACCUCACGCAGUCCAAUAUCGCCGCAUCGCAUGUCUCAGAGCAGAUCCAAGAACUCACGCGAAGAGCUGUAGAGCUGCGUACGCCUUUACUUCCAGGGAUUCGCCCGUCAGUCCUCCGGAUAGUCACCUCCAUCUACAUCCAAAUGUGCUACAUGAGCCUGGGCCACUACGACCUGGGCUUCUUCUACCUGCGCGAAGCAAUCACCACCUUGCAACUCCUCCAUACCGAGGACAAAUCUCUAAUGGCAGCUCUCGAUCUAUCCGAACGAUCCCGUCGUCAACGCCUAUACUGGCUAUGCUUCAUCCACGAACGCUUCGUCUCAAUCGUGCACUUCUCCACCACCACUCUCUCCCCCUACACCGAGUUCCCAGAAGACGACCCAGCCCUAGGCCCACGCAUCAACCACGGCUGGACCCAAGUAAUAAAGACCUUCCUCCUCCUCGAACCAACCUUCAUCAACCUCUGGAUCGGCGACCGCAACCAAGUCACAACAGCCUGGGUCGAGCAGAAACACCGCGAGCUCGACGACGAGCUGUGGGAGCUCGAAGUCUCCCUCCUAACAGACAUGCAGCAGGCCGAUCUCGUCGUAACGCGGCAAUGGAUGCGCACGCUGCUCUGGCAAAUGGCCAUGUCGAACUGCCUUCUCUCGUCGCAAGCCUCGAGCCCGAUUUUCUCGCUGGAAAUGCCACUCCGGCUGUCGAACCAGCUACGCCAGUUUCUGACCAAGAUCUCGCAGAAUACGAUCCAGAUCCACGGGUCGUCAAUUCUGAGCAAGCUGCUGGAGAUUACUAAUACGAUUGCGGAUGUGGUUCUGCAUGGGCCGGUUGUCGGGUUGGAGGAGACGACGAGGAGGAUUGAUGAUAUUGUGUUUAUGAAGAAUGUUAUCUUUACGUUUCGCAAUCUGCAGGCGAUGUCGAGGAGGAUUUUGGUGGAGAAGAUGGUGCUCAUUAAAGAGCGUUUCGAGCAUGUGGCCGUUGCGGCGGAGUUGGUGUGGGAUGUAUGA